AUGGACGCCAGUGCCUCAACGUCCGACCCUCAGCAUUCUUACUCCUCCAACCCCUGGGCGACGCCGACUGCAUCGUCAUCGGCUUCAUUGGCACCAACCAGCGUGCCCGCGCACGCCUCGGACGGCGCCUCGGACGCUGCAACUCCCGCUGGCGUUGUCGCCACCCCAACCUCGCUCGCUGCCGGCUCGCCGUUUCCACCCCACUUGGACUUUUUGCCGUUCCUCUUCCCGCAGCAAUCCAACAUCUACCACGCCCAGCUUCUGCAUUACAACAGGCUUGUGUCGCCCUCGCGCGGAGGCGGUCUCCAGACGCCGCCCCUCGCCCCCGUCGUCUCCGCCCCUCACGUCCACGCCGGACCGAGGUCGCGAUCAUCAAGUAAGGUGUCGCUCAAGGACGGCGCAGCCGGCAAGGGAGUCGCAGCAGGAGGCCAUGGGAGCAGGUCGAGCCACGCCAACGACAAGAACCGCUCCGGUACAUCGUCCAAGGACGCUCCGUCCAAAAUGGGCGCUAAGCAGCAGCAGCAGCAGCCACACCAGGCGUCUGCGGAGCCAUCAAGAAGCAUACCGAAGCGCACAGCUGCGGCAUCGUCAUCAGCUGCCCCCGGCCCGUCGCAUUCCAGCUCUGUGCCCUCGACGCCGCACCAGCAUGCGCGGAAAUUCUCCUUCGGGUCGCGCGACCCGUCUCCCACCGCCGUGAGCGGCCAUUCGCCGCGGUCUGCCUACUCCGAAACCAACAGCACGUUGCCUUCCCUUCGACCCCUUCCACCCCGGUUAGGCGGCUGCAAAUACGAGACGGCUCAGAUCAACUCGCGGAGGAGGAUACCGUAUUCGGUCGGCAACGACCGACUGGAGAAGCUGGAUCUGCGAACGGUGAAGAGCAAGCUGUCUGAGGAAGAAGAGAGGAAAUUGGCCACGGACAUGCGGGAGAUUUAUGACCGCUUAUUGCCCACCGAUGCUGUCGAGGAGAACAGGAGGAGGCUCGUCAAGAAGCUCGAGAAGAUCUUCAACGACGAAUGGCCUGGACAUGACAUACGUGUGCACCUUUUCGGAUCUUCUGGGAACCUGCUCUGCUCAGACGAUUCAGAUGUUGACAUCUGCAUCACCACAGCGUGGCGAGAGCUGGAGGCUGUCUGCAAAAUUGCAGACUUGCUGGCGCGGCGCGGCAUGGAGAAGGUGGUCUGCAUUUCAGCGGCCAAAGUGCCCAUCGUGAAGAUUUGGGACCCCGAGCUAGGCUUAGCUUGCGACAUGAACGUCAACAACACCUUGGCGCUGGAAAACACGCGAAUGGUGCGGACGUAUGUUGAGGCCGAUCCUCGCGUACGUCAGCUAGCCAUGAUCCUCAAGUACUGGACACGAAGGAGGGUCGUGAACGACGCCGCAUUUGGUGGGACGCUCAGCUCCUACACUUGGAUAUGUCUCAUCAUCGCGUUUCUUCAGCUUCGCGAACCUCCAGUGCUACCGGCACUCCACCAACUUCCGUACAAGAUCCCCAAGUCCGACGGCUCUGUCAGCGAGUUCGCCGACAACCUGAAGAAGAUACGGGGUUUCGGCAACAAGAACAAGUCGACUGUGCCCGAGCUUCUAUUUCAGUUCUUCCGGUUCUAUGCGCACGAGUUCGACUAUGACAAACACGCACUCUCGGUCCGCCAGGGCAAGCUGAUUACCAAGGUGGAGAAGAAGUGGAAUUACCAGGUCAACAACUCUCUCUGCGUAGAGGAGCCCUUCAACGUCUCUCGAAAUCUCGGUAAUACCGCCGAUGAGUAUUCCUUCCGCGGCUUACAUCAGGAGCUCCGCAGGGCCUUUGAUCUCAUAUCCGAGGCCAAGUUGGCUGAAGCUUGCGAGCAGUACGUCUUCCCCAAGGAAGAGGAGCGAGUAUGGACCAGGCCACCGCAGCAGCCUCGGCCGGUCCUGGUACGGAGCUCGUCGCAGACGCAUUCCGGCCGUGGCGGCCGCGGCGGCCACCGAGGGGGCCGUCACAACAACAACUUCCAUCGGGGAGGCGGAGGAUCCAACAGGAGAGCAUCGUCCAGUGUGCCGACUUCAUACGAGAACGGCCUGCUCAUGGCGCCCAUGGGCAUACCUGGAGACUUGACCUGGUAUCAGAACCCGCACUAUCAGCUCCAGUAUACGCACCAAGACCUGAUGGCGCAGAUGGCGUACCAAGAAAACAUGCGCCAGCUUCAGAUGUACGCGGCACAGAGCCCUGCCUUUCUUCCGCAACAUACCAUCGGCCAGCAGCAGAGGGUCUCGACCGGUUCCAGUCCGGGGCAACAGCCGUCUGAUCGAUCGCGGACCAACUCCUUUGACAACGUCCCCAUGACGGCUCCCCUGCGGCCGGACUUGUAUGCCCUGUACGGACUCACCCUCAGCCACGCUUUCUAUCCGCAGCCCGGCACAGCCGCAUAUGGCACGUACCCGUCAUCUCCCGUCACGACGAGCGGCCAGAACCAGGAGUUCCGGCGGCCGUUGCAGCGGUCGACUGUCAACACAGGGAACGGCGCCUCCGCGUCUAGCAGCACGCUUAGGUCGCAGUCUCAGCCAGCAACGCGGUCCCCGUCUUCGGCGAAUCACCAGGCAGCCUACCAUUUGGGAAACAAGACACCUUUGAGCCCGUCGGUCGCUGCCUCUACGCGAAAUGCCAACGCGGAUGGUGUCCCGAUCCCGAGCUUCAUGUCAGAUGACGCCGAUUUUGACGAGACUCCCAAGGCCGUGUCAGAGUCGCCCUCUUCCGCGGACAACAAGCCUGCGAGCUUCUUCCGCACCAGAGAUCCGAGCCCCAGCAGCCAGCCUACGUCGCAACAGCCACAAGGUCUUCCCAACGGUAUUGCCUUUGGGGAUCUGGCCGCCCAGUCGACCGGCCCCGGUAGGAGGCGUCUGUCGACGGACCAGCUCCCACAGACCAUCUUGGACAGACGCAUGAGGAGAGCCUCGAGGUCGCCGUCGCCCCUGGGACACACGCGGGCAUUCUCCGUGGGUACGGCUUCUGCACCAUUGUCCUCGACGCCAUUCCCUGGCAGUCAGAACAGGAACUUGAACCGGCCGCUAGUUGUGAAUGGUUCCGGAUUAAAGACCAGUGCCGUCCCUGGUCAACGGCAACCGUCCGUGGCGGAGUCAUACACCUCGGAUGACUCUCUCGCGUCGGGUUUCGACAACGCGUUGCAUAUCAAUACGGGACCUACUUUUGCUGCAGCCGCGGACGCGCCCGCAAUGCACUACGCGGCGACGGCGUCCAGGUCACCCCCGUCAACCGAUCGACCCCCAAUCGUGGUCAACGGUACCAGCGGCCCUUUCUCGCACGCUCUGCCAGAUGAUGCAUCGUUCCGGGACCGCGUUGCCAAAAUGGGCGCGUACUAUUUCCCGCAGGGGGCCACCCAGGAAGUGCCAAACGGAGGUGCUGCGAGGUUGUCCCCUUCUGCUAGGCAGCGGUUGAUGUCGCGACAGCAGCAGAACGGCGUGAUAGCUCCGCUCGACCUGGCCAUUGCCGACCACCGCAUUGCCAAGCCGCCGAUGAUCGACUCGGCACACUUGUCUCCCGUCUACGAAACUCGGACGCCCUCUCCGAGCACUUUGCGCAAGAACGACAGCUCCUUGCUUCCUAUGAAGAUGGACAGCCGGGUCGACGGUAAAGGCGGCCGCACGGACAGAGACAAGGCGGGGCCUACGGGAAUGGAACGGCCGCCUGCCGUUCAAGACAGUGACAAGAUGCAAAAGCCGCCCCGAGCCGCAGCCCCGGCCGUGAAGGCGCCACCACCACGGACGAACGGCCACAUCCGUGCGGCCAAGAGCGAAAGCGACGGGGGUUGGCAAAAGGCCGGCAAGGGCAAGAAGCGACCAGCGAACAUUGCGACGCAGCAAGGACAAGCUGAGCAGCCACCGAAAAACGACUCGGAGCGCAAGGGCGGUUGA